AUGCAAGGAAAGUAUAACUUUAUUUUUUCAUUGGAUGGAGAACAAAAAUCAUUCUUUGUUUCAAAUUUAGAUGUAGCAUCCUUUUGUCGUUUGAUUCGUUCAGCAUUUUAAGUUGAUAAGACCAUUACAGCAUUAUAAGAUGCGUAAGGUAAAUGCAAUAAUAUAAUAGGAAAUAUUUGUGAUUUGCAUUAUUUUUGUAAUAAUCUACACGCUCAUAAGGAUAAGUUCUAUAUUAUAUUGUCAGAACAAAGAAAAUCAGAAAGACAAAGUAGAAAGUCUCAUAAAAGUAAGAAUUCGAGAGUGCUAGCUACAAAUGAAGAACCUUCUUAUUAUGUAGAUUUUGGAGCAUUCUUAUAAGAAAUCCAACAAAUUAGAUUUAGGUAUUUUUGAAGUGUCAUCUAGUCCUCAACAUCCUGUAUUGACAAUAGUGUUGGUAUUUGACAAUGAAUACUAAGCUGGCAUCUUUGGCUAACCUAUAGUAAUGAGAAUCUACAAAACAUUUGCAUUUCUUUAAGCAUAUUACACUAUAAUCUAGGAGGAGGAAAGUGAUUCAUUGUUAUUAACGGUUUUUGAAAAUUAAAUUCUUAAACAUGAAAUGGAAAUGAAAAUAAAUCAUUCCAUUGCUGAAGAUGUCUGUUAUUAAAUAGAACAAUUACUUUGUGAGGAGGAAGAGCCAGAACCUAUAUUAUAGGGUAGUUUUGCUACUCCUAAUAGUAAUGCAAACAAUAAUAUUCCUUUGAUUGUAACUAGGGGAAAUGAGAAAUAGAUAUUAUAAGUGGAGGCGAAUGAUAACUUUCAUUCAAGUUAAGGCAAAAGAACACAUGGGUAUAAUUUGUGUUAAUAAGUGUAAUGAGGGUAAAGAAGGCUGUUGACAAAUUUCGAAAUCGAUUCGAAUCCAGAGAAUAUGAAUACCUCUUAGGAUUAAUUAUAGGCUAAGAUUAAUCAGUAUUUGCUGCAUAUCAAUUAUUUUAAAAAUAAUAAGAUGAUGAAAAUUUCAUUAGAAAUCUGAAAUCACUUUUACCUCAAGAAGAUAAUAACAAUCUAUCAUUGUAAAAUUGAUAUAUUUUGUAUAAUAGUUAAAACAAUCUCAAAUUUAUAACAAGUCCUAGUAGAAGUGAUUUACAUUAAUCUGUUAAUUUUCCUUAUGAUUGUAAUCCAACUCCAGGUUUAAGAUCAUCUGUAACAAUAAUGGAAUAAUUACUUAAUUCAGGUGAUUUAGAUUCAAUAGAGUCUGGAAUGUUAAGAGAAUUGAGAAUGGAUAGUGAUUUGGAUGAUUUAGUCAAAAGUUUAAUGGAUUAUCCUUAAGAUGUAUAAUAAUAAUUUUUUAUUUUUAUAAGGUUUUACUUUAAAUAAUAAGAUAAUAUUUAUAAAGUCAAUUUUAAUAAGAAAUAACAAAGAAUUUUAAUUCUCAUUAAGUAGAGUACUUUUUAUAAGAAAAUGCUAAUAAAUAAAAUCCAAUUUAUGAAGGAUUUCAAAGAUUUGGAUAAAAUGGAUAAUUAUAGGAUUUAUUUUUAUUUUUAAAAGAUAAUGUAGGAUAAUUAGAAUAAUAAUUAAGAGAAGAAAGUAGUUAUUCUUAUUAUUUAAUGCAUAAAAGACGUAAGGAUAGUCAUGAUGAACAUUUUCAUUUUCAUUUGAAUUUACCAUAAAUGAAUUAAUAAGAAGAAAGAAAAUUGAGUGUUGAUUCUAUAUUAUUAGAAAGUAAAAAAGAAAUUAAUUUUAUUGAUAAAUAUCAUGUUAAAGUAUUACAAAAAUACAGUAAUGAAGAUUAUGAAAAAUUGUUUAUGACUGUAUAUGAUUAAUGUGGUAAAUUUUGUGAUGAACAUGAAAAAGCUAAAUUACAUGGAUUUUAUUCUGCUUAAAAUUAAAGAUUAUUAGAAAUAUUAGAUAAAUAUGGAUAAAGAUAUGAUAUAGAUAGUAUUAAAUCAGAUAUUAAUGAUUUAUUGACUUUACAAAAUAAAAAAAUUGAUGAAAUACCUUCACCUACUCAUGGUGCUGUUAUUGAACCAAAAAUGCAUAAAUAUUAAAAUUUCAAAUUUAUUAUAAAUUUUUUAUAUGAAAUUGAUAAAGUCAUUACUUUAAGGUAAGCAAAAGCUUUUUAUUAUUUAUAUUCAAUUGAAGAUAUGUCUGUUAUGGCAGCUUAUGAAGUUUAUUGUGAAACAAAAGAAUAAGAUGAAUUUUUAAAUACUCUAAAUCUUAUAUUUAAAGUAUAUGCAUCCUCUUCUAGAUUUGAUUUUAAUGAAAUUGAAUAAUUUGAUAGUUUGAUUGAAUAAUAAUUGACAAUAUUAUUUGCAUAUAGAAGAUGUUUGAAUUAGGAACAAAGAUUAGCAUUGGAAUAAGUAUAUAUAUAUAUCAAAUUAUUAUUUUAGAAUAUGAUAUCAUGUGAUAAUACCUUAUUGAAACUCUUUAGAGAUUUCCUUAGAUAGAGAGAUUAGAGGAUAUUCAUUUAAAAGUUAUCAGAUUUUGCAAAUAGUCAAAUUGAAAAGUAAAAAGAUAAUUAAUCUAUGGAUCCUUACAUGAAAAAGAUUGAUUAAAACAAUUAACAUAAGGAUUUAAUAAAAGACAUCUGUGCUAAAUUCUUAAAAUCAAAAGUUAAAUAAAUAGAUUUAUUAAUGGAUGCAAUUGAUAAGGAUAAUAUUAUGUUAAAAUCUUCAUUGGAAGUCUAUGAUUAUAAUUUAGAUAAGCAAGAUUUAGUAGAAAAUAUACAAUUAAUAUACAAUUACAUCUUAAAAUCUAAUGUAAAAAGUAUUUUGAAAGCAAACUUAAUUGAAUUAGGAAGAUCAAAAACUGAUGUAAAUAUAUAUUAAUUAAUAAUAAUAGUUAACCUACUUAUUAAGAAAUAUUAAUCAAGAUGAACCAAUUCUUAAAGGAGCAUUUGAAUUGUAUUUCUAAACAAAAGAUGAAGCAGAAUUAAAGGAUACUAUUAGUCGAAUACUCAAAUUCAGCAAUAUUUGA